CUCUGAAGCUUUCCGCAGAGCCCACUCUUGCUGAGUGCCCCUUGGGUCUUCAUGCGGCCAUGGAUCUGGAUAAACCAUCGGUCUGGGGCUCCCUGAAACAGCGGACCAGGCCUCUGUUGAUCAACCUGAGCAAGAAGAAGGGGAAGAAGAACCCCAACAAGCCCCUGGACUUACGGGCGAGGCACCACCUGGAUCGCCGCCUCAGCCUCUCUGUCCCCGACCUCCUGGAGGCCCAGGCCUUGGUGGCCCAGGGCCGGCCCUACGUGGGGCCUCAGUCGUCCUACACCUCCGUGCCCAGCAGCCUGUCCUCUGCCGGGAUCCUUCCCAAGAGCAGCAGCAGCAGCUUGAAGCAGUCUGAGGAAGAGCUGGACUGGAGCCAGGAAGAAGCAGGCCACAUCCCGGUGCUGGAGGCGGACAGGGAGGAGCCCGCGGUGUCUCCUGCUGAGGACCGGAGGGGCUCUGGCAGCGGCUUCUUUGAUCUGCUCCAGAAAACUCCUCUGGGAGAAGAUGCCGCAGAGGAGCCGGAGAAGCCCUGCGGGGGUGUGGACCUGAACUCGGUGGCACCAUCCCAGCCCCUGGAAGAAGCCGUGGUGCUCGGCGAGGCCGGCGAUGGCGUGAGCAACCUGCCCAGCCCGUUCGCCUACCUGCUCACCAUCCACCUGAAGGAAGGCAGGAACCUGGUCAUCCGAGAUCGCUGCGGCACUAGCGAUCCCUAUGUGAAAUUCAAGCUGAAUGGGAAGACACUGUACAAAAGCAAAGUCAUAUAUAAGAACUUGAACCCGAUUUGGGAUGAGAUAGUCGUGUUACCCAUACAAAGCCUUGAUCAAAAGCUACGUGUGAAGGUUUAUGAUCGAGACCUCACUACUUCUGACUUCAUGGGCUCUGCUUUUAUCGUUCUCAGUGAUCUGGAACUUAACAGGACAACUGAGCAUAUUUUAAAGUUGGAAGAUCCCAAUAGCUUAGAAGAUGACAUGGGGGUGAUUGUGUUGAAUUUGAAUCUCGUCGUAAAACAGGGCGAUUUCAAGAGACAUCGAUGGUCAAAUCGGAAGCGGUUGAGCGCCAGCAAGUCCUCCUUGAUACGUAACCUGCGGCUCUCGGAGUCCUUGAGAAAGAACCAACUCUGGAACGGGAUUAUAAGCAUCACUUUGUUGGAAGGAAAGAAUGUUUCGGGAGGAACUAUGACAGAGAUUUUUGUCCAGUUAAAACUGGGAGAUCAGAGGUAUAAAAGUAAGACACUGGUUAAGAGUGCAAAUCCGCAGUGGCGGGAAGAGUUUGACUUUCACUACUUCUCUGACAGGAUGGGCAUUUUGGACAUUGAAGUGUGGGGAAAGGACAGCAAAAAGCGUGAGGAGCGCCUGGGCACGUGCAAAGUCGAUAUCUCCGCUCUCCCUCUCAAGCAAGCCAACCGCUUGGAGCUGCCGCUGGAGACCUGCCCCGGGACGCUCCUGCUGCUGGUCACGCUCACGCCCUGCACGGGGGUCUCGGUCUCGGACUUGUGUGUGUGUCCCUUGGCAGACCCCAGAGAAAGGAAGCAGAUCGCCCAGCGAUAUUGCUUACAGAACUCCCUGAAAGACGUGAAGGACAUUGGCAUCUUACAAGUGAAGGUUUUAAAGGCAGCGGAUCUCUUGGCGGCAGAUUUCUCAGGGAAGAGCGACCCUUUCUGCUUGCUGGAGCUGGGUAAUGACCGGCUUCAGACGCACACCGUUUACAAAAACCUCAACCCUGAGUGGAACAAAGUCUUCACAUUUCCUAUUAAAGAUAUUCAUGAUGUUUUGGAAGUGACGGUGUUGGAUGAAGAUGGGGAUAAGCCCCCCGAUUUUCUUGGAAAAGUCGCUAUUCCCUUGCUGUCCAUUAGAGGUGGACAACCUAAUUGUUACAUGUUGAAGAAUAAGGAUUUAGAACAAGCUUUUAAAGGUGUUAUUUACUUGGAGAUGGAACUCAUCUACAAUCCGGUCAAAGCGAGUAUUAGGUCCUUCACUCCAAGAGAAAAGCGCUUCACCGAAGAUGGCCGUAAACUGUCCAAAAAGAUCUUAUCGAGAGAUGUGGAUCGUGUGAAAAGAAUCACCAUGGCGAUAUGGAAUACAAUACAAUUUCUUAAAAGCUGCUUCCAGUGGGAAUCUACAUUGAGAAGUACAAUAGCAUUCGUGGUGUUCCUGGUCACUGUCUGGAAUUUUGAGCUGUACAUGAUCCCAUUGGCAUUAUUGCUGCUCUUCAUCUACAACUUCCUCCGACCCACGAAAGGGAAGGUCGGCAGCAUCCAGGACAGUCAGGAGGGCACAGACGUGGAUGAGGAGGAUGACGAGGACGACAAGGAGUCUGAGAAGAAGGGGUUCAUUGAAAGGAUAUACAUGGUGCAGGAUAUUGUGUCAACUGUUCAAAACAUCUUGGAGGAAGUCGCUUCUUUUGGAGAAAGAAUUAAAAACACAUUUAACUGGACUGUCCCUUUCCUCUCGAUCCUGGCCUGCUUGAUCCUGAUAGUCACCACCGUCACUUUGUAUUUCAUCCCACUCCGGUACAUCAUUUUAAUCUGGGGCAUAAAUAAGUUUACUAAGAAACUCCGAAACCCCUAUGCCAUCGACAAUAAUGAGCUACUAGACUUCCUCGCCAGGGUUCCCUCUGAUGUUCAAAAGGUGCAGUACUCGGAGCUGAAGGUCUGUGGCAGCCACAGCCCCCUGCGGAAGAAGCGCAGCGGGCUCUAGCUCCCACGCCCGCGGGCACUGCCCGAGGCUGUGUGGAGGACACGCAGGCCUGGCCUGGUGGUGUUUCUGAAAGGCGGACUCCCUCCUCACCGGCAGGUGCACACACACCUGCAGACCGCGGGCCCGCUUCUUGGAGGCGUCGUGGCCAGACGGCAAGAGGAAACAAUCCGGAUAGAAAGUCCAGUGCCCUUCUCGACGGGAGAUGAGGCGAGGCUGCCUGGGUCUGGACACACCCUGAGCGCAGCCGGGAGACACUUGGGUUUGAGAGCGACUUUGAACUUGUUUUCACACCUCCGAAAGGGUCUCAUUAAGAUUCAGUUAUCUCCACUCCCUACUCUUUUUAGAUUAUUGUUCAUGUGACUACUUUUUUCCUUUGUCUUAACAAGUCUUAGGUAACCAUUGCCUGCCUAAAUAAUGCAGAUUAUAAAUGGAUUUUGAAAUAGUUACCAGGGUUAGCCAAAUUCCUUAGGAAUCUUUCAGCUUUAAUUAUCCAAGACCUGUAGGUAGAAUUCGAGUGAAGUCCACGGUGCUGGACCCCAGCCUGCAUCAUGCUCCAUUGCUGGCAAUGGAUGUCCAGAUGGGUCCCAAGAAGUGACCCCUCCAAGAAGUAUGGGUUUCCUGGAAGUAUUUGGCUGUCUUAAAAUGCCAUUUCUUCUGACUUUUUAUUUUGCUUAUUUCCAAAAUAAAAGGUCAGUAUGAAAGCUUCAGGAAGCAGGAGCAGGGGGGUGAAUGGAUCAAUUUCCAGAGUACUUAGACGGAUAAAGACUAAGCAGUGAGGUUACUCCUACCUGUGGUGGGUCCCCCACUGUCUCGGGCUGUUCUUGCCUGAACUUUUGAGCAGAGAGUAAACAUACUUUAGCAGUCCAAAUUGAUCUCUGUUCCCCUAGGUGCAACAAACAAACAAAAAAACCCUACUCGUUAUUAAAAUAUAUCUCAGAACCUCACUUGUAAAGUGUACCAACUCUAAGUCUUACUUUAAUUCUCUGAUUUCUUGUGUACCCCACCAUUUCACAGUACCCUGCCUAGAUAAACCAACAUUGUGUGUAUAUAAAAUGCAUGCAAAUAUCUUUUUGUUCAAAUGAUAUUUAAGUAGUAAAAAUCACAUUUCGUUGACACAUACUUUGUGCAAAAUAUGUAUGUGUGUACACACACAUAUAUGCAUGAUAUAUCUGCGUACAUACAUAUAUCUAUACAGAUAUGUCUAUAACUAUAUAUCUCUCUAUAUAGAUAGAUGUAGAUAUCGACAUCUCCAUCGAUCUAUAUAUGUACUGAAUGGUAAAGUCUGAGAUUAAAAAACGGAUUUAAUGGUGAGUUUUACUAUGUUCUUCCCCCCUGUGUUGUAAUUUAAUAAUCUUCAAAGAAAAUGUUUAUGAAAAAUGCCAAAGAUUCUAAACCUUAUCAUCCGUGUCUGUUUUUCUUCAUAUUAUAUCUUCCUGGGUUGCUUUCUGGCAAAGCCAGAUUUCUGCAUGAUUUGAUUUACUUCAAGUUAAUGAAGCUGGCUGGAAAAGAGCCUUGCAGAAAUUAUAAAAGCUCCCAGUAAAUGUCUUACUUGUACAUACAAUAGAUACACAAGAACCUCUUUUGUUAAAGCAGUUACUCAAUCAUCUGUGUAAACAAUGCCUCAUUGUCUUGGGUGGACUAUCAUCUAGUUUAUCAUAGUCUGUCAUUUUGUACCGACCUAAGUCAGGCAUUUUUAAACAGACAUGUGAGAUCCGAUCAGUCACUUGAAUGAAAACUCUCAGUAGCAAAAGAACCCUUUAUUUAUUUAAAAGUGGAACCAAUACUUUAUUGUUGUUCUUUUGCUAUAGAAUUUCAAAAUGAAGUAAUUUACCCUAGAAAAAGGCUUCAUUAGUUAGUCUUAUUUCCUCUGUAGCCCAAAUGGAAUUCUCACUGUUAAGUUGAGGACACAAACAGCAGCUGGAGUUUAAGAUCAGCGCCGAAUCAACCUUUAAUAAAGGGUGUAUGGGAAACACUGCUAAUUAAGUAGACAUUGGACAUUGACAAUGCAUGUUUUAAGUGAGAGGUUAAGGUUUGCUCAAGUAAGCAGAAACUUGUAUAGAAGUUUCCAGAAAGCGUUAUGUAAAAUGUAUGGCAUAUGGAUUCACAGGGUGAUAAUUAAAGCGAAUUUGGUAGGAUGUUAAAUUCUUGCCAAGCUCUCCUCGCUCUCUCCUCUCCUCGCUCUUUCGAAGCUUCACACAGCCAUGUCUCGCCCUGCCGCUGGUUUGUGGACUCUUAGCUGCGCCUCAGUACCUCAGAAACUCACCAUCCUCUCGCACUGCCUGACUCCAGUAUUCCUCCUCCCUAGUCUCCUUCUAACUCCCUUAUUCCCUUGUGGGUAUGAGCUGGAAGGCCCUAGGACUCCCCCCUUUUCUUUGUUCUUUAUCCUUCCUCCUCCCCCCCUCCCCCAUAUAAAAACUAGCAGACUCAGUAUUCGCAUGCCAUCUUCUCCUUCUCUGGACAAGCCGCCAGCCAAGUUGAGUUCCCUCUAACUUCUCACAAAUCACAUACGGUGCCAAUUAAAUGGUGCCGGGUUAAUUCUCUUUGGGAGGACUUUUCUCCCUUAGAGUAACCUCUCCAGUCUGUCUAAACAAAGUCUAUGCUCCUUUAAAACUUUCAAGAUUCUUCUGCCACAGGUAGGUUUUUAUUGUUCCUUGAAUGGGGGAAAUGUCAUCUCCUUCCCCCACAUUUAAUGUUUCUGUGGUAUCUACCAAAUUCUCCCAUUGCUACCUCCUCGAUACCAUCACUAAGACCUCGAAACCAUCACCCUCCCCAAGACAGCCCCUUUGAGGUGGCACCUAAAAUAUAGUCAUCAAUGCCGUUUCUUUCUCUGCCUUCUGUGCCUUUCUGGACUGGCCUAGGGCGCUUCGAGAAGCCUGCACUAUUCAUGUGGUCUAUUAUUUGUAUUAAAUACAAAACUAACAUUCUGGUAUUUAUGUUAAUUACAAACCUCUGAAUUAAAUGCUGUUUUAUAUUUGGAGAAAUUCUUACAAGCCAAAGGGAAAUAUAUUUACUUGUGGGUGGUAAAAUAAAAUUUCCACUUUAUUUUUACAUCAUUUUUUAUUUUACACACAUAUUGAAAACUGAUAGUAGACCUGAACAAAAACCACCUGUGCUUGGCUGGAAUGAGAUAUUAAGCAGAUUGUUUGCAAGCAGCGACAUGACAUUCUGAGAUCUGAAAGAACACUCUGCCCGUACUUACUAGGGAGGCUAACAGUACUGAGUAUCAGAGAAGAGGUGAUCGCUAUGCUCCUGGUCAGUUGAUGAUAGCUUAGAUUUUCAAACAGUGGCACUGGAAAAAGAAAGAAAGAAAGAAAGAAAUGAUAUUGGGAUAUGGUUAGGAGAUAAAGCAAGCAUGAUUUAACAGUUGUUUGACUGUGGGUGGUGAGAAAGGAUGGCUGUCUCCAGAGAGAUGGGGUUACCUUUGUUGAGGGACAGAAUUGUAGCAGCAGUUAUAGGAGGAACUGCGUGAGCCUGCUUUUAGAUGCUGUUGAAUGAAGCAUUAAAAAGUCUCUGAGAAGGAAUCCCAAAGAGGUAACAAUAUGUGGAUAUACACUAACACUUGAGAGAUAUCCGUUUAAGGAUAAACACUCUUGCAAUAUGGUUGACACUGCAUGAUUCAAGACUUUGACUUCAGUAUAAAAAGUCAUAGGUGAGAUAAACAGACUAGGAAUGUAAACAGAAAUAGAAUUAAAUAGGAGAAAAGCAUGAGGCACGUGCUGUUAUGGAAUUUGCCAUCAGAGUGUGUUUCAGGUCGGUGUACAAAGUGCUACUGUGAUUCCAUGAGUGGAAAGCAGAACAAUGAGCUUGACAUCAUGACAUGGAAGUUGGGGUCCUCGGUCAUUUCAGUGGAGUGGCAGGAGAGGAAGCCAGAUCUGGGUUUGGAAGUAAGUGACUGUAGGAGAAAUGGAGACUGAAUGGAAUUACCUUUUGAAAAGUUCUGUGGGGAGGAGAAAGAAGAAUCAGUGUAGGUGGUGAUGUUUG